CCACGAGAAUUCAGGGUGUUCAGGUCCGUAGAACUGGACCAAUUUGUAACAAGUGACGAUGAAGAAGAAGCUAGCGAUGGGUUCUUGGAGGCAAUUGAGGAACUUGAGAGAAUGGCGAGAGAACCAUCAGAUAUUUUGGAGGAAAUGAACGAUCGUCUCUCCGCCAAAGAAUUACAAUUAGUGUUAGUUUACUUCUCGCAAGAAGGGAGAGACUCAUGGUGCGCACUUGAAGUCUUUGAGUGGCUAAAAAAGGAGAAUCGAGUGGAUAAAGAGACGAUGGAGCUGAUGGUUUCUAUCAUGUGCGGUUGGUUUAAGAAGUUGAUUGAAGGAGAACACGAGGUUGGUGAUGCAGUUGACCUUCUGGUAGACAUGGAUUGUGUUGGACUGAAGCCUGGUUUUAGCAUGAUUGAGAAAGUGAUAUCAUUGUAUUGGGAGAUAAAGGAGAAGGAGAGAGCAGUUUUGUUUGUGAAGGAGGUAUUGAGGAGAGGUAUUGGUUAUUCACAAGGUGAUGGAGAUGGACAGAAAGGAGGUCCUGCUGGGUAUCUUGCUUGGAAGAUGAUGGUAAAAUUUAAUAUUCAUUAUAUGUUUAUUAAUGCCAUAGCUUACAAGUUUUAGCUUAUUAUAUUAGGGGGCUUUUACCCUUUUUGCAGAACUUUUCUUUUCCAUGCUAAAUCUUAUGUGCUAUUGUUGUUUGUGUUUGAAACUUGGUGCUCUUAAGUUCAGGCCUUUAUUAAUAAUUACAAACAGAUAGGCAACCACUCUGUGGGAUUGAACGUUACUCUUUUAUUCUGCUGGUUAAUUGUGACUUAUCCAUUCAUCAAAAACUGUUGAUGCACUUGUUUUCUGAAAGUAUGUGACCAUAUAUAUGUUUAGAGGUUAUCUACCAUCUUGAUAUUAUUAUGGCAAAAUUUUUAGGCUAUGAACGAACAAAUUCAGACAAUUUUGGAUUUGCAAGUUCGAAAUAGUUCGAUUAAAGAAAGGUUUAAAUUUUAUUAGGAGAUGGUAAAAAUUGAACUCAGGCUAAAAUUCCAUUGAGGGUAUCUCUAAAUGGAUCCUUACAUGGAAUUCUGUAUGAUUUUAAAAUUUCUUAUUUUCUGGUAGAAUUUAUAUCCUCUUCUAAUUGAAUAAGUCUAAAUUUGCAAAUAGAUUCUGUAAAAUUUAUGUAUUCAUUCCAAAUAUAGCCUUAAAUAUAUCUAGAGAUGAAUGUCUGGCGUCUCAUGAGUGAGCUGAGUAUAGCUCCACAUAUUAUUUUUUUAUUCCAAACAUACCCUUGAUAAAAUUAUCGAUGGUUCAAUUACUAGGGAAGAUCUUGACAGUUUUAUAAUU